UUUGGUGUUUCCAGUGAAGGGGAGGGGAGAGCGGCUGUGCGACACUGAUCUGCUCAUUCUCUCAGUGUUGGAGACUCUAGCGCACAUCACCCCGACCACACAGCAUCAACUUCAAAACAUAUCGGAAAUACGGAGGAGGGAGGGUACUGUCGGGGGUAUCGACGGCUAACAGCUACUUAACCUGCCGAGGGAUAAAAAUCACCCCGUCUGAGCUGUGCUGGAGUUACUGGUCCAGUUUCUGACGAUCCAGUGAGCCUUGUGGCUGUCGGCCCAGUGAGCUGCUUGAGGUGUCUCAGCUGUGGAUUGCAUCAUUAUAGGACAAUAGCAAUUGGAAUCAAAGCUCUCCCUCCUCCUCUUCCUCCAUCUCCUCCCCCAUUUCUUUCCCCCUCGGCCUGACUCUCCACACACACAACUCUCUGACCACUCCUCCCACACUGGUCAUGGUCCACUCCCCCUGUCUCUACAGCCAGUCAGGCAGUGAGUCGAUGGAAGCUGUGUAAUCCUCUGUAAAGUAUAGGGCCUAUACGGCUGCAUAUGCUCCCUUUUGUCAUGGCGGCUGUUGUUGUUGCAGAGGCCUCCCUCAGGAGAGCACAUGAGGGUGAACAGAAGGCAGCAUAAAGCUCACAAAGGGAGGAAAAGAGAGCCAGGGAGGGAGUGAGAGACACUGACUCUGCCAUUUAUUUGACCGGAGGAGAAUGAGCUUCACAGGGAAAUGGAUGCAAUUCAAUGGGGGUGAAACUACAUGAUGUGGGACUGGCAUUACCACCCCACGCAAAUCACAAAUUGGACCAACAGUCAACUUUGGAGAUAUUUGCCACAUAGUGGCCUGCAGCAAGAAAUGCAGUAAAAAAGAGAAAAGUAGACAAGACUUUUUUUCUUGGUUUACAAUAUUUUUCUAUUUUUCCUCUCUUUGGUGGUCUUUUUCAAUUACAGCCUGCCAAAAGUGCCUUUUUGUGUUACUUUUUGUUUAUUUUUUUCAGUCAUCUUACUCGAUAUUCAUACUCCACAUUGCAGUGGAUUAUUUCAUGCAACCGAACAUACAGUUACUGUGACAUUAAGUGAUUGCUGCCAUAUUUUAGAGAAGGUACAUAUUAUAUUUGACUUUGUGUGUGGGCUACAACACCAGCCUCCAUCAAAUACACAGUUGACAAUCAUCACUUUUCCAAAAUUUGUUCCUGCCUGUGGAUACCUUCUAUAUAAUCCCAGCAUUAAAUCACUGAGAGUCAGGUUGCAAGAGACCAACGUGACUUUCUGCACUGCCUUCUCCCAACAUUUGUUGAUUUGACGACGCAGAGCCGUCGCCAUGGUCAGUAUCCAGUCCAAAUGGCGCUACCUUUUCAUGUUCCUGGGCAUCCAGCUGGUGGUCAUGGCACUACUGUCCCGAGAGGGUUACCAGAAGAGGGUCUCUUACUUCAUCCGCAUCUUCCGCAAGCCUGACACCACUGGUUUGUCAGGCCGCAACCACACAACAGCAGGCAUCGCUGGAGCGGAUGUAUAUGCCAAUCUGUCGCGCAUAUCCAAAACUCACAGCCAUAGAGAUGAAAUGCCCUACUGCCCUAAGAAGUCCCCUCUUGUAGGUGGGCCGAUCCACGUCAGCUUUCCAUCAGGGCUCACUCUAGCAGAGGUUCAGAGGAAAAAUCCACUGGUGGUGCGCGGAGGACGCUACAGGCCGCCUGACUGUGAGGCGAGGCACCGAACAGCCAUCAUCAUUCCCCACAGACACAGAGAACACCACCUAAAGUUCCUGCUCUACUACCUGCAUCCUUUCCUGCAGCGACAACAGCUCAACUAUGGAAUUUACGUCAUUCACCAGGCGGGAAACUACACUUUCAACAGGGCCAAGCUGAUGAAUGUUGGUUUCCGGGAGGCCAUGAAGGAGGAAGACUGGGACUGUCUCUUCUUCCAUGAUGUGGACCUCAUCCCAGAGGAUGACCGCAACACAUACGUCUGCGACUCCAACCCCAAACACGCAGCAAUCGCCAUGGACAAGUUUGGCUACAAGCUUCCGUACAAGAUGUAUUUUGGAGGAGUGUCAGCUUUGACGCCACUGCACUACCUCAAAAUGAACGGCUUUCCCAACAACUAUUGGGGCUGGGGUGGAGAGGACGACGAUAUUGGAGUCAGAGUGUCUCUGGCGGGGAUGUAUAUCACUCGUCCAUCGCUGAAGGUCGGCCGUUACAAGAUGAUUAAACACAAGCUGGACAAAGGCAAUGGUGUGAAUCCAAAGAGGUUCAACAUGCUGGCCAAGACACGUCAGACCUGGAAGUUGGAUGGGAUGAACACAGCUGAAUAUGAGACAAUCUCCCGGGAAUACCUGCCGCUCUACACCAACAUCACUGUCAACAUCGGCACUGAGGCCGGUUUACACCCGCCUCUCCGAACGCCACGUCCUCCUGCCAAAGCUGCAGUCAAAGCACCUGCCGAAGGCCCUGCCAAACUCACAGAGGGCCACUCAGAGAAAAAGUCUACCCCAAAAGACCACUAAUCAUGUUCCACUCUGCCAUGACUUCAAUGGGAUACGACUAUAAGUACUUGCAGUAGGAUGUCGGUUUUCCUCCUCAAUCGUUUGGAGUUCUUUGCCGAGUUUGAGCUUUUUUUUGUGAACUAAUUAGUUUGCGCAGAAUCAACAUCAUACUGCUUGCAGACAGUGGGGCACUCAUUUGGGUGAUUAAACCACCUGAUUUAUUAAAGAUAAAAACACUUGA